AUGACCAAGGAUUUCACCAACACGCUCGAUUGGCAUGUGUACAGGGAAGAGAGUCUGAAGACUGGUGGGCUCGGUCCGCGCAGAGUAGAGAUAUGGCCUUUGCUCUUGCACGCCCGUAAGCCACAAGACGAGGAGGCACAUCCAAUACCCCCAGCGCACCCAGAUGAGCGACAAAUACAACUUGACACCGAUCGCAGCUUCGUUCUCUAUCCCGUAGGUGAACCAUUCGCUUCACGUGUAUCCCUGUGCUCGGAAUAUAACUCCAGCUCAUUCGCAGACCCGCUAUUGGAGAAAGAAUCCCUCAAAAGACAGCUACACGAACUGAUUGUCUCGGUGUUUCGAAAAAGACCAAGGCUGAGCUACUUUCAAGGUUACCAUGACAUCGUAUCCGUCCUAUUUCUGACGCUUCCACCAGAAAUGCAGUUUUGCUGCACAGAAAAACUUAGCCUGCAGCGCGUUCGGGAUUCAAUGGGGUCUACACUCGAACCCGUUCUUGGUCUACUACGUAAAUACAGUGUCAUGAGCCGCCUUUUGCGGCUCGCGGACCCACCACUUUCAUCGCUACUAGAGCAGAUAUCCCCUCUUCCUUACUACGCUUUGUCGAAUCUGCUGACGCUCUUCGCCCACGAUAUGCCCUGCCUGCCGCUAAUCCAACACGUCUUUGAUUAUCUUCUCUGUAGACCUCCGAUAAUGGUCGUCUAUCUAGCAAGCGCGAUACUGCUGUCGAGAAAAGCGGAGAUCGAGAGACUCGAAGAAGCGGGGGAAGAAGGGAUGGUGCACUCCCUGCUCAGCGGACUGCCAAACAUCUACGACGAGGACGCGGGUUCAGAUAAAACGAACACCCUUGCGGAUGUGUAUAUACCACUGGAGGGCGAGGCCACUGUCGCCGCAGCCGACGAUGAAUCGGAUAGCCUUGAGGUGACACCUUUAGAUGACAGGAACUCUGUAGGAGAAGCUGAAAGCAAGCCUCCCGAAGAUUCCGGGGAGAAUGCGGCGGGAAAAGACGAAAAACGGAGUGAAGAAGACAAGGUGGAGGUCCACCCAGCGACGGAGCCAGUUGAUGAGAAGGAACCGCUGGAAGAAAUCAAAGAGCUCGUUGAAGAACUCUCGCUCUCCAACGACGUAGACACAACCUCAACGGACGAAGCACAAGAACCGUAUUUGCGCCUCAUGCGCCCCCGAGUGUCGCUGUCGUCUCUCCUCGUCGCCGCUGACGAACUGUAUGCGAAAUACCCGCCCACGCACCGCGAUAUCUCGCUCACAUCCAUCAUGGGCCCGCAGAGCGUCGUGUUCACAUGGUCCGAGUCGCUUUCUGAAAUGCCGGACGACGAUGAAGCGGAGCGCAUGGUCGAGAAGCCAGAACUGAUAGUGCGGCCGUACACAGAGCCCCAUACGGAGAAAUCGGAAAGUGAGCCGGGGAGGGAGAAGCAUAAGCAGAGGAGGACGCGGGGGACGUUUUUGGGCGGGCGUGUAGAAAAGCGCACUGUAGUAGCGGGUGCGGUGCUGACGAUUGGGGUAGCGGUCGCUGUGUACGGUGUGCGAACGAGAUCGUUGAACGGUACGUCUAUGGGGAAGGAUGGUGUCAAAGACUGGCACACGAUGGGUAUGUGGCUUGGAGGGUCGCUGAUGAGUGCGGGCGAACGUAUUUUUGGCGCGAAAAAGCCGUAG